GUGAAAACUAUAAAGUGAAAAUUAAUUGAAGUGAAAAGUGAAAAUAAGCUUGAACCUUACUGUGCAAAUAAUCUACAAGAAAUGGCUUUAAAACUUCGCAUUGCCAUCAUUGGCCAGAGUAACUUUGCUGCCGAUGUGCUGGAGCUUCUGCUGGAGCGUUCGAACAUACAAAUUGUUGGCGUCUUCACCAUACCGGACAAGGGGAGUCGCGAGGAUGUGCUGGCCACCACUGCCGCAGCCCACAAGAUACCCGUCUUUAAGUUUAGCAGCUGGCGGCGGAAGGGCGUGGCUCUGCCGGAGGUUUUGGCACAAUAUAAAUCGGUGGGCGCCACCUUGAAUGUGCUGCCGUACUGUUCGCAGUUCAUUCCAAUGGAGGUGAUUGAUGGGGCCUCAUUGGGAAGCAUUUGCUACCAUCCAUCGAUCCUGCCACGCCAUCGCGGUGCCAGUGCCAUAUCCUGGACCCUGAUUGAGGGCGACGAGGUGGCUGGCUUUAGUAUCUUUUGGGCGGAUGAUGGCCUGGACACUGGACCAUUGCUGUUGACGCGUCAGACGAAUCUCGAGCCCACCGACACACUGGACAGCAUCUACAAGAGAUUCCUGUAUCCCGAGGGCGUCAAGGCCAUGGGUGUGGCCGUGGACAUGGUGGCCAAUGGCACGGCUCCAAAGAUAACCCAAACGGAGAUCGGGGCCACCUACGAUCCGGCCAUGUUCAAGGCCGAUAAUCAGUUGAUCAAUCUGCAGCAACCGGCGGAGCGGAUCUGGAACUUUGUGCGGGGCUUGGACUCCGUGCCUGGGGCCAUAGCCACAGUUCUGCUGCAGGACGGCACCGAGGAGCAGAUACGUCUCUUUGGCGCCCAUCUGUAUUCCGCUGGUCCCGUGUCGAAUGGCCAGCCACUGCGACUGCAGGGUCUCACGAAACCCGCUUGGAUUCACGCCUCGGGUCUUCUGAUCGAAGGCACCGAUGGGGCGUUCGUGAACGUCCGUCGCAUCAAGCGUGGGUCAAAGGUGAUCAAUGCCAGCGAAUGGUUCAAGCAGGCCGAGCAGCAGCCCAUCACAGACUUCUCCGAGGAUGAGCUAUCCAAGAAGGGUAUCCUUUCUGCCAUUUGGCAGGCUAUUUUGAAGGAGCCCAUUGAGGGUUCCACAGAUUUCUUUGCCGCUGGCGCGGGCUCCAUGGAUGUGGUGCGUCUGGUGGAGGAAGUAAAGGAAGCCUUCGAUGUCCCACUCGAGAAUGAUAAUGUCUUUAUGGCUCCCGUGUUUGAGGAGUUCUUUGGACAGCUCGUUAAAAUUCUGCGUCAAGGCAGUGGCGGCUCUGGUGGGCAGCAGCUCAUCUACGAAGGUUUCACUCUGAAGGCAAACAAAAGGGAGAUUCAGGUGCCCACACAGCUCUUCAUCGAUGGGGAGUUUGUGGAUGCCGAGGGCAAGCGCACCUUGGAGAUUGUGAAUCCCACAGACGAGAAGGUCCUCUGUAAAGUGGCCUGUGCCUCUCCCAAGGAUGUGGACAAGGCAGUAAAGGCUGCCCACGCUGCUUUCUAUGGCUCGUGGAAGCAGGUUUCGGCCCGGCAGCGUGGUCAACUGAUGCUCAAUCUAGCUGAUCUCAUGGAGAAGCACAAGGAGGAGCUUGCAACCAUCGAAUCGGUGGAUUCGGGUGCGGUCUACACCCUGGCCCUGAAGACCCACAUUGGCAUGUCCAUCGAUGCCUGGCGGUAUUUUGCCGGAUGGUGCGAUAAGAUCCAAGGGAACACCAUACCCGUGAACCCCGCGAGACCCAAUAACGUCCUGACCUUCACGCGGAAGGAGCCCAUUGGCGUGUGUGGCUUGGUCACCCCAUGGAACUAUCCUUUGAUGAUGCUCUCCUGGAAGAUGGCCGCCUGCAUUGCUGCUGGCAAUACCUGUCUGAUCAAGCCCGCCCAAACGUGUCCUUUGACUGCUCUGAAAUUCGCUGAGCUGACAGUCAAGGCGGGUUUUCCUCCGGGUGUGAUUAAUGUCCUGCCUGGCAAGGGUUCCGAUGCUGGUCAGGCGGUGGCCGAUCAUCAAUUGGUUCGGAAGCUGGGCUUCACGGGAUCCACGCCCAUUGGCAAGCACAUUAUGAAGUCCUGUGCGGACUCCAAUCUCAAGAAGUGCUCGCUAGAGCUGGGAGGCAAGUCUCCUUUGAUUAUCUUUGCGGAUUGUGACCUAGACAAAGCGGUGAAGCAUGGCAUGUCUUCUGUUUUCUUCAACAAGGGAGAAAAUUGCAUUGCUGCUGGCCGACUCUUUGUGGAGGAUCGCAUUCAUGACGAGUUUGUGCGGCGUGUGCUCAAGGAUCUCCGCACCAUGACCAUUGGGGAUCCCCUGAAUCGCUCUACAGCCCAUGGCCCGCAGAACCACAAGGCACACUUUGAGAAGCUGCUGGAGUUCUGUGAGCGAGGUGUGAAGGACGGAGCCACACUGGUGUACGGCGGCUGUCGUGUUCCGAAUCUCAAGGGCUACUUCUUUACUCCCACGGUGUUCACGAAUGUCGAGGAUGAUAUGUUCAUAGCGCAGGAGGAGUCCUUUGGGCCCAUCAUGAUCAUCUCCAAGUUCAAUGGCAGCGACAUCGACUCGGUCAUGCAGAGGGCCAACAGCACGGAGUACGGACUGGCCAGCGGUGUCUUUACCAAGGACAUUAGCAAGGCUCUCAGCUUCGCGGACCGCAUUGAGGCCGGCACCGUGUUUGUGAAUGUCUACAACAAGACAGACGUGGCAGCGCCAUUUGGCGGCUUCAAGCAGAGCGGCUACGGCAAGGACCUGGGUCAAGAGGCCCUCAACGAGUAUCUCAAGACCAAGUGUGUGACAAUUGAAUAUUGAAAAGCCAAGUGUAUUGAAAGAGAAGUGUGUUCCGGUGGGAGGGCCAAGCCCUCCAAUCCCAUCCGCAAUAUGAUAGUGGAUUGAAAGAAAGAAAAGACUUAACGUUUUGCAUAGCUCACAGCUAUCAUAGUUAUAGGCAUAGAUAUUCGUAUACGUAUUUGACAAUUUGUUCUCUUAUCUAUCUAAUAAAUAAACUGGAAAAUCGUCCUUAAGCCACGUCAA